AUUUGAGUUCCAUCAUGGUUGACGUUGAGAAACUUGCGGUUCCAGCCAACAGUGGCGACACCACUCCAACCGAGAAGCCCUCGCUAGAGCAGUCCCAGGGACAUAUCGCCGAUGAAUCCAAACCUUCUGGCGGCCUGUUGAAUGGUCUCAAGUCGACAUGGACACAACUUACACAGAGCAAAGGUGUCGAUAUCGGCGCUGAUCUCUUUGCAGAGGUCGAGAACUAUUCCCAGGAGGAACUCGAAGCAGAGAAGGACAUUGUGAGAAGAAAGAUUGAUUGGCACAUCAUGCCCAUUGUACGUCUGCAUGCUCCGAACUUCAGAUUCAUUCUUUGCAUAUGACAUCACAUGGCGCUGACAGGUCGAAAGAUUUGCUUCACAUACAUGAUCCAAUUCCUCGAUAAGUUGUCACUCAACUAUGCUUCGGCGUAUGGCUUGAUCCCAGACUUGGGUCUCGAAGGCCAACGAUACAGCUGGGUUGCUGCCAUUUUCAAUUUUGGAUACCUCUUCUGGGCGCUUCCUGCCAAUCUUCUCAUCCAGAAAUUGCCGGUGGCCAAGUACACUGGCACUAUGAUUUUCGUAUGGGCCAUCCUGUUGGUCUCACACAUCGGAGCAACCAACUACGGAGGCAUCCUUGCGCUGCGCUUUCUGCUCGGCAUGUUCGAAGCUUCCAUCUCACCUGCCAUCAUGAACAUCUGUUCCAUGUUCUUCACUCGGGCUGAGCAGCCCCUUCGAAUGUGCAUAUUCCUGGCCUGUAAUGGUGCUGCUACCAUGGUCGGUGCCCUACUCGGUUUUGGUCUGGGUCACGCAAACAAUGCGUCUCUCGCGUCGUGGAAGUUGAUCUUCCUGACCAUCGGUCUCAUCAACUUUGCCUGGUCAAUCAUCUUUCUCUGGGUCAUGCCAGACUCGCCCGCGGCAGCCAAGUUUCUGACGCACAAGCAACGGGUGGUCGCAGUCUGGAGAGUCGCAGACAACAUGAUGGGUGUCAAGACCAAGCAAUUCAAACCCGCCCAGGCCUGGGAAGCCCUCACUGACAUCAAAGUGAUUGGAAUUGCCCUGAUCGGACUCGCCAGCGGAGUCAUCAACGGCGGUGUGUCCAACUUCGCCAGCGCGCUGAUCAGAGGCUAUGGAUUUUCCGGCAUCAACGCCACUCUCCUACAACUCCCCACGGGCGCAUUCGAACUAGCCAUAGUCCCCAUCUGCGGCUUGAUCGCCACCUACGUCAAAGACAUGCGCUGCAUCGUCCUCGCCGUCAUUUCCCUCGUACCGUUUGGCGGCUUACUCGGCAUCCGCUUCACCAGCCUCGACCAUCGCUGGACUCUAGUCGGCUGUACAUGGCUACAAUACAUCAUCGGCGCCCCCGUCAUCGUCUCCUGGAACUUACUGACCACCAACGUCGCCGGGCACACGAAACGCUCCUACGCCAAUGCCAUGUGGUUCACCAUUUACGCGGCCGGAAACAUUGCCGGCGCCAAUAUCUUCUUUGCCCGCGAAGCCCCACGAUACUUUAGCGCCAUGACUGGUUUGCUUGUCUCGUAUGCGGGUAUUAUCGUCAUUGCGGUGGCAUUGCGAUUUACAUAUAUGUGGGACAAUAGGUCGAGAGAUAAAUUGUGUGCUGAGAGGGAGAGUUUUGUUCCUUGGGAUGGCAAAACGGCGGAUCCUCGUGCCGUGGUUGAUGGGUUUAAUGACUUGACUGAUAAACAGAGCAAGUAUUUCAGAUAUGCGCUAUGAGAUCAUGUCAGGUCAGGUAUGGUGAUGUGAUGUGCUUCGGUAAGCAAUGAAAAAAGAGGGGGGAGAAGCGAGGCGAGGCGAAACUACUGUUGCGAUUCCAUGGAAUUCGGAAUAUUCUCUCCAUUUAGAUCGCAGGGCGAUUCGCACUGCAGCGCAUGAUGUGCAAGGCCAAACGAGCAUUUACAUUAUUGAGCAGCGGUAGAACGAAC